CUGUAAUUAACGGGAGGCGCAAACAGGACGGCGGUGCCACCCACGUCACCUCAGCGCUUUAUCACCUGCUGUGGUUGUUGUUUGCUGGCUGCAACCCACUCAGUUCACUUCAGUCGACUGCUGCCACAGAUAUUGUAUCUACACAAAGGCCGGUAGUUUAUCUUCACAAUUCUGCAUUAAUUUGUCCUACGAGUAAAGUCGUAAAAUGUUUUUGUUUUCGGUUUGGUCUUCAAAGGAAGUCAAGUAGGUCAGUAGGUCUCAAGCUUGAGUCGGGGGCUUACAUGGGUUUUCGCCGGUUUUGAUAUGAAAACAGGACUUAAGAAGAAUAACAACAAACAAUGAACACAGAGUUUUUGAGUUUGGUUUUUUUUUUUUUUUUCUCCAGGCGUACUCUUCGUAUGACGGGUGCUCGCAAUACCCCGCGGAAUUUCUACUUUUCAUGUAGCACAAUGAUCCGUCUCAACCCCGGUAAUCCGGGUCACGGUUCAGAUUCUGGAAACAAACUGUGGAAACAGAUCCCUCUGUGCUGCAGGUCUGACAUGUUGUAACGGCGGCAACGGCAUCGUCUUUCUUCGUCGUGCUGUCUACCUGCAUGCUGACCCCUGACCGCUCGGCAAAGAUCGGUGUGUCUGUGAAUGAGGACUGAAACUAUCAAGAGAUGGGGGACCGAGUCCCUCCACAAACCGACUACCGCAGCCGUGUCAGCAUCAGUCCUCGUCGCUUGAGUUGGAGACCAUUCUUCAAGUCACCUGCUGAACAUCUGUGUGAACAGCCCACAGAGAAAGAUUCAGCCCAAGGAUUCUUGCAUCUCAUUCGAGUUCAGUAAAAUAACUUGCAUUUGGAGCAAUGACUCUCCUUCUGUCAGAAACAGUCUUCUAAAACAGAAGCCUGGUGAUUGUUUGCUGUCGUAGCUGAUGACGAGGGUUGCACUUAACGUUUGUGUAAUUCUCGAGGUAACUCUGUCAUUUAUGGGGACGUUCUAAUAAAGAUGUCAUUUUUUUUCUCGGACAUGAAAGCAGCCGUAAAUUCUGGAGAAUGCCCCACAGGCAUUUUUAUUCACAAAUGAAGUCUUAAGGAUCGGUAAAGCUGUUUGUGGCCAUUUCAGGUUCUGGGAAGACUCAUACAUAUUCACAAAAGAGCAAUCCAGUUUAGACCUGCUGACACCGGAGGAUCUAGUUCAGAACUGUUCACACCGAGAACAUCACGUUCAAAUCUGUUCAUGUUGCAACAUCCAGUGUCUCUCGUAACAUCUCGUGACAUGAGAUUUGAUUCAUCAUAAAAAUAAAACGUUACAUGAAAGACUUUGAGCUUAUUCCUCUCGAGUCACGUGACACAAUGGGUCAGAAACGGGACUUGGCUCCCAGGCGCUGCAUCUCCUUGGGGGAAGAUCCGGAGCAAAUCCUCGGCCCUCGCACGACCAACCUCUUCAGUCUUCACGUGACUACCCCGUGUCCAAUCGCCAUACACAUCGACGAAUGUGGCGACGACUACGACGACAAAGACGACGAAGAAGAGGACACCAAUCUGCACCAGAGGACGCUCAAGCGGACACGACCCAUCCUGGCAGAGCCCAAGCCCCUGACGUCACAUUUCUGUAACGGCUCGCCCAACUUCUCCCCCAGCUCGACCCGGAGGUCGACUUCACGGUUCCUGGAGCCACCCGAGUGCUCGGACUUGGCCCUCCUCAAAGCCACCGCCUUGCGUCUCAAGCUCAAAACGCGCAGGUCGAGCUUUCUGGAAUGGCAGGCUCGCAGCUUCCUCGCGCCCCCUACACUAGUGCCGGCCGGUGACGUCACGGAAAAGCUGACGUCAGAGAGAAAGGAGCGAAUCAAUGGCGCGUUGGAGUGGCUUAAGUCAGAGCUGACGGAGAUGCGCUCCAUGGACCAACAUCUGGCCCGCCAGCUGCUGAGCCUGCGCCACGACAUCCACCAGCUGCGCCUCAGCAGAAGCUGUCAGCUGCACCGCGCGCUGCUUGACGACGUCCAGUCCGACAUCGAGGAGCAGGUCGCCUUCUCGGACGUCCUUGACCUGCCUAGCGUGACUCUCAACAGCACUCCCCUCAAACUUCUGGGGGUCACUCGCAUGAACCUCAGUGCCAGGCGCUUUUCGACUUGUUGACUUCAUGGGCAUGAAUUGUAAGCGUGCGUGUGUAGGGAUAUGCAGGGUUGUACAAUGAGGCAAACUAUGCAGUCGCCUAGGGCGCAGUCAUGGCCUUCUUUUUUUCAAGUGAUGAAUAAUGUAAAGGAAAAUAUCAUUUGAUAGAAUAACAUGUGCAGGACACACCAUGCGAGUUUCUCAGUACAUUUCACAAAAAGCCCCAACAUCUGAAGGCGCAUUUAAACUGAUCAGUGGUUACUAGAGAGUAGGGGAGGGGUGGCUUCGGUGGGUGGGGAAAGAUCCCAAGGAUGGAUGGGACCACAUACCACCCUUACCUUUCUCUCUUCUUUCUCAAGUUGGAAGACGUUCCGCACUUUUGCACAGGAAAGACUGCAGCUGGACAACAUGACUUUUUUGCUAGCAUGUUUCUUUUUGGUUAUGACAACUGUUUUGCUCUCAGUACUGUUUACUGUUUACUCUUACAAACUUUGAUUCCGAGGAAACGUAGCUAUAUUUGUGGACUAUUCUGUGUCCGAAGGGGGAAACUUUAUCAGAUUCAACAGACGAUACACGUCCGUCGUCCUACCACCACGACAUGACAGUUUGUAAAGAUACGUCUGCAUGAGUUUUGUUAUGUAGUUGUAGAUAUUUUAUUAACAUGAUCGAGGAGCAGGUCGCCUUCUCGGACGUCCUUGACCUGCCUAGCGUGACUCUCAACAACACUCCCCUCAAUGUAGCACCUUUAGUUUAAUUAUGUUUCCAUAUUUCUUAUACAUGUAGUAUCUUUUUAUAGCAUGAAUGCAAGUGGUUGAGCUAGUGGCUUUGUAAAGCUUAACAAAUAUAUCUUGUAAAAGGAUCCAUUACAGUCCUAGAGUCCUCAUCGUGUCACAGUCACGCUUCGUGUGGUCUGACGGUGGAUGAGUUGACAGGCUUAUCACUGCUAUUAUGUGGAAGGAAGGAAGGAAUGUUUCACGUGAUGUACAUUCAGCUUGGUUAUAUACGAGUAUUCCCUACUUUUUGCUGGUAUACAGUGGAGUUCACUUGUCAUCGCCCUACACGACUACAGGGAAGCUGAGUGACCUCUCACCUUUCCUCUUACAAGUUUCUCAAGGGAGGAUGCAGCACAGAUGCAAGAUGAUACCCCACUAGGGAGAGAAGAAUGUCAGGAGCACUCACUGAAGAGUCACGAUGCUGUGCAUCUGACGGUAGCGCCCCCUGACCUCUGCGUUGUCGGCCUUGAUCUUCCAGAACUUACCUAGUCCACAAUGGAAGCAUUACCUGUGUAUCAAAUUUUGAUCUUUAAAAGUAAUCAGAAAUACUGAGUUGCAUCGGUACUCUGUUUUGUGACAUUGAUAACUGAUGUAACCCAAAAUAAAGAAGUAUUUUUUUU